UGAUCACAUGUAAACACGGAAAUGCCGGUUAUCGGCAUUUCUCUCCUCUCGAGCUGGCACUGAUGAUCAGUGUGCCGUGAUGAUCAGUGUAGCCCCAGCAGUGCCAGCAGUCAGUGCUCAUUAGUGUCACAUGUCAGUGCCCAUCAGUGCCACAUCAAUGCCACAUAUCAGUGCAUACCAGUGCACAUCAAUGCCACAUAUCAGUGCCAAUCUGAGCUGCCUUUCAAUGGCACCCAUCAGUGCCAGUCAGUGCCACCUAUCAUGCCAAUCAAUCAGUGCUGCCAAUCAGUGCCACCUAUCAGUGCCAGUCAGUGUCGCC